UUGUGCAACACUUGCAUCGCGUCGCGAAUCUUUUAUGAUCAUUUUUAAUAUCAGAUGUGAUUCGAAUCCUAUAGUUAUUUGCGUAGGUAGGUGUAUAGUGAGCCUCAGCUUCUGAUUCGCGUUCGUAGAAAUUGCUAGCUGCAAAAGUGCACACGUUCAAACAGUGAAAGAAAAACGCAAUUUUCCAACUUCGUGCAUCGAUUUCACCGAGGCGAAAUCUUCCGCAAGCUUCCGGAUUUGUGGAUUCGCAACUGUUUAUGCUGAUGAGAUGAAUCUUCGCUAACCAGACCACAUCUCUUCAUAUUUAUGCACGAGCUACAUACGUAUAUCAGUGAAUGGUGAUAAUGUAAGUGUGGUGUGUAGCCUGAGGAUAAUGACUGCGCCCGUGGCUUACCUUUGAGUUGUUUUCUUACGUAUACGCUCCGUAAAGCCAUUCAAUCAGCACACGCAGUUCGUUGGUCCAGUCCGGUUCGAGUGUUCUCGCAGUAGCCGUGCGGUUCUCGGGGGGUGUUUUCAACACUUAUUUUUUAAGGUUGCUUGUAAUUGCGAGAAAGUUGUUUCCAGUGAUAUCGAAUGAUAAUAAGCGCAUACAGUGUAAUUUGUGUCGCGUAAGAAGUUCAGUGGUGCUAACAGUUUGUUAGGAUAAGAUAUAUUCAUAUUUGAACAAACCAAAACAUAACAGUGCACAAAAACAUGGCUGGGUUUUGGUCGACUGUCAAACAAUCAACCUUGAUGCAUCUGUGCUUUGCGAUAUCAUAUUUCACAUCCGGAUUGAUCAUCAACACGGCACAAUGUAUACUCUAUUUUGGACUUAAGCCAUUCAACAAGCGACUCUACAGAAAGAUUGGAUACUAUCUGUGUUAUUCAUUUUACUCACAACUGGUUUUCUUGGCUGACUGGUGGUCUGGUUCAACUCUCUACAUCUACAUCAGUGAUGAAGAUCUCAAACAUUGUGGCAAAGAACAUGUUCUAUUGUUAAUGAAUCACACCUAUGAGGUUGAUUGGCUGGUAGGAUGGAUGUUCUGCGAAAAAGUAAAGGUCCUUGGCAACUGUAAAGCGUACGCCAAAAAGGUCAUUCAGUACAUUCCAACCGUCGGAUGGGCAUGGAAGUUUGCAGAGUUUGUUUUCUUGGAACGCUCAUUUGACAAGGAUAAAGAAAUCAUCGGGCGCCAAAUCAAAGAAAUUAUGGAUUACCCCGAUCCUGUAUGGCUCUUGUUGAAUGCAGAGGGAACCCGGUUUACUGAAAAGAAGCAUGAAGCGUCGAUAAAGUUUGCUCGCGAUCGUGGAAUGGUCGAACUAAAACAUCAUUUGAUUCCAAGAACCAAGGGAUUCACUGCCAGUCUUCCGGAGUUGCGAAACAAGAGUACCAUUCUAGACAUUCAACUGGCGAUCAGCAAAGACUCACCUGUUAAACCAACGAUUUUCAAUAUUUUAAACGGAAAACCAAUCGAGGCACAUAUGCAUAUACGCCGUAUUCCCUUCGAUCAAGUGCCGGAAGAUGAGGGACAAGCGGCUGAAUGGUUACAAGAACUGUUCCGUCAAAAGGAUGUUAUGCAAGAAAGCUUCCACAAACAUGGUGAUUUCUUUACCGGUUCCAACGUUACCAGGAAAGUUCCCGUAAAGUUGCAUCCCAGGUUGCACACUUUAAUCAAUAUGGUAGCUUGGAAUGUACUAACUGUGGUUCCAAUGAUCUAUUACCUGAUCCAGCUGUUGAUUAGCGGUGAAAUCAUGUACUUUUCCAUAGGAGCUUCGAUCCUCAUUGCUUUUUACGGCCUCAUGGUAAAAGCAAUUGGAAUGUCCAAAAUCAGCAAAGCAUCAUCUUAUGGUUCGGAGAAGAAGAACGGACAAAGUGUCCAUAACGGACCAUCCAGCAACGAGACCACCAAAAAUAAAUAGAAACGGUAGCUCUUUAUACUUAUGUACUUGUAUGUAGUAGUAUGUACAUCGUUGUAUACCUUAUUGGGCAAUUUGGCCUCUCGAACCCGAACCGUAGCUUAGCUAACCUUUUUCCAAAAACAUAUUUUUUUCAACUUUUGGAGUUGACUAUUUUGCUCCGGAAAUACUGCGGAAUUAAGGCUUCCGAAACGCACGAUCAUGCGUUAGGCAACCAACACCGUCAUGCCAAAUUUUUGCUAGAUAUUUUUGUAUGUAUUUGCUUUGAAUGGACCCGUUAAUAAGCGAUGAUAUGCUUAAAGUAGUGUCAUCAGAAGAAAUCAUUAUUUUUUAACGGCAUACGAAGAAUCAGUGACGGAUGUACUGGUUUUACUCAUUUUGUCCUUGACAUACCUAGGCAAAUUUCCCUAUACAAAAAUAACGUAAGUAACGAUUGUGUGGUUAUAAACUCGAGAAACAGGAAACCCGAACAACUGAGAGAGAAUAAUCUAUUUAUUACCAUUUUUCGGUGAGAUAUAGUUUAUUUUGUGCAGUGCACUUGUACACUGCAAGGUAUUGGAGAAAUAAUACAGACAGGCAGAAACAUUGUAGUCACUGGAUAUAUCGACUAUUCAGCCAGUGAGAAUAACUCAGUACAAAUUUUACCACCUACCCAUGCGAUUUCAGUUGCAAUUGUUAGCUUACCACCCUGAAGAGCAGAUAUUUGAUAUUAGUUCUCGCAUAAAGCUGUAUCGCUAACGUACUAAGUUCGAAAAAAAAAACGCAGAAAACUUUUACAACCAUACAAAAUGCAAUCUAACAACAAUAUUAUUAUUUAUGCAAUUCAUUAAUAAGCAACAUUUCUUCCACAAUGGACAAGACUAGAAUUGAAAGCCAAAACAGGCACAAAUGUUGAGCUUCAUUAUCAAACACAACUGUUACGCACAAGUUCAACGUCAUAACUACCAUUAAAAUAGAGAAGAAUUUUCAACAAUGAUUAUCAAUGAUAUUAUUGAAAACUUGGAAUAGAAUUUUCUUAGCUCAAAUUAUGGACAAUAAUCGAAACCUAUUAUUAGAAAUAAGUACCGUAAAGGGGCGUGAUUAAGCACAACCAUGACUCUAAUUCCGCGCAUUUGGAAAACAAAAAAUUCCGAGAAUUUAGAAUAUUGUUAAUUUGAUUUAAUUAUCAUAAAUUUCGUGGAAUUUUGGGCAAAUUGCGUUGAAUUAGGCAACGUGCUGAAUUAUAGCAAUCAACGGUAGAAAGACAAAUUCCAAAAGCAAAACGAGGGCUUAAUAGGUCGGAUCCCGGUCGGAGAACUCCCAUAAAUGUUCGUAUUUUUUCCUAAUUACUGUCCGUUCGGUCUCUAAAUCUAUUAAUACUACGGUCCCAGACGAGUUUUAUAGUUCGUAGUCUCAAUAUGCUCAACAAAGUGACAAUUCAAGUUGACGGUUAUUCGUUUGACAGAACAGAUCAUGAUUUUGUUUUCAUGCAAAAUUUUUUGGGUUGUCUUUAUUUAUGCGUUCAUUUGUAGUAAUUUCCCAAUUGAGUUACAUCAAGUUAUGCCACAUCGAUUACAAACGAACUAACUUUGGAAGGCUGAUAAAAACAAUAAAAUUAAUCAAUUUUGAAUAAUAUCUUAUUACCAUUGUUGAUUAUUCUGCUCCUAAACAUAAAACACACCAUAAAAGGUCAUUCGUGCAAACCAUGAAGCCAAGCUUCCUUGUUAAUCGUCAUUGUUUGCAAAAAGAGUUGAGGGAGGUUUUUAAAUUACAUAGCUUACUUUAGUUUUCCGUACGUACUGUUAAUUAAGCACUCUCUUAUACAUAGCAGCUAAUACCUGGAAUCGGCCAAUUACAGCGACAGAGCGUAAACCAAGAAAGUGAAUGUCUAAGGUUGGCAAAAUAAAAACAAUGUUUUAAUCUGUUAGUAGAAGUCGAA